AUGUCCAACUGGAUUGGCGCUGUCGUCAAACAGCUCGCGAUCACGACUCUCUGCAUCUCCUACCUGAAGCGAGAAGGAGUCAUCAGUGUCUCACCUCGAGCCAUCCCCAACCGGACGGCGCGCGAGCUCUUCGAAUUCGCGGCGCCCGCCCAGCGCCCGCCGGGCAGCGGCGGGGCGGCCCGCCGCAAGACUAGGGCGCCCCGCCGCGGCCUGGGGAUCGACGUCACGCCGACGUCGACGCCCUCGGGGUCGCCCGAACUCAGCGGCGCGCCCGCGCGGGACAUCAGCCCGACCUCGGCGGCGCGGCCCCCGCCACCCCUGCCCGCGUGGGACCUCCUGCCGUCGCCCGCGGGCCGCGAGGGCGGCGCGGCCGCCGCGACGUGGGCCGAGCCCCCGACGCACGAGGGCGCGCCGAUGGUGGAGGCGCUCGUGAUGGUGCGCGAGGUGUACGUGAACAGAAAGCUGGCGCAGAAGUGGGCCGACGGGCUCCCGUGGGCGCGGUGCGACUGGAGCGGCACCGAGCUCGACCAAGAGUCGCGGGAGCGCUACGACGCGAUGUGGCCGGACCUGAUCGCCGAGGCGCGCUCGCUGCUGGGCGCGGACCUGUCGGAGCUCAUGGCGGCAUGCGAUGCGGAGUGGGCCAAGGUGAAGGGCGAGCGCAUCGCGGCGUUCGAGCGGGCGCAGCGGGGCGCGCGCCCCGGCACCGAGGCCCUGCGCGCGCCGCGGGGCAUCCUGAAGAAGUCGAACCGUCGCGCGAAGGAACGAAAGGCGCGCCGCGUCGGCUUCGUAGAGUCCCCCGAGGUGUCGAGCUGA